CUCUAUACCUCUAGGCUACAAUGCUAGGCCUCUACCAGGUCAUUCCUCUCGCGGCCUUGUUGCCCACGGUUGCGCUCGCUUCAAUUGGCCCUGUUGCCGAUUUGCACAUCGUCAACAAGAACAUAUCCCCCGACGGCUUCAGUCGCGACACCGUCCUCGCAGGCGGCACAUUUCCCGGCCCUUUGAUCACAGCGAACCGAGGCCAAUCAUUCAGCAUUAAUGUCUUCGAUGACUUGACAGAUAGCACCAUGGACGUUGCUACCUCUAUCCAUUGGCAUGGCCUCUUCCAGCACACCACCAACUGGGCCGAUGGUCCUGCCUUCGUUAAUCAAUGCCCAAUCAUUCCUGGAAACAGCUUCCGUUAUACCUUCAGCUCAGCGCAACAAUAUGGGACGUAUUGGUACCACUCCCACCUGUCUGCUCAAUACUGUGACGGUCUGAGAGGUCCUUUGGUCAUCUACGAUCCCCUUGACCCCUAUAAGUAUCUAUAUGACGUUGAUGAUGAGAGUACUGUCAUUACUCUUGCAGAUUGGUAUCAUUACGUUUCCACCAACCCUCCCGCCGGACCUCCUUCACCGAGCUCUACUUUGAUCAAUGGCCUGGGCCGCUAUCAAGGAGGUCCCAACUCCACUUUGGCAGUUGUUGGAGUGACGCAAGGGAAAAGAUACCGCUUCCGACUCGUCUCUAUGUCCUGCGACUCUAAUUUCGUGUUUUCCAUCGAUCAACAUAAGAUGACCAUCAUCGAAGUGGAUGGCAACAAUGUUAACCCCUUGAUCGUUGACUCCGUGCAAGUCUUCGCGGGUCAACGUUACUCCAUCGUCGUAAAUGCAAACCAGAAAGUAGACAAUUACUGGAUUCGCGCAGCGCCCAACACGGUACCCCCGGGUUUCGAUAAUGCCCGCAACUCAGCUAUUUUCCGUUACAAAGGAGCACCCACUGUUGAUCCUACGACGCCUUUAGUCGCAAGUACACAGCCUAUGGUCGAGACCAAUCUCCAUGCUAGGGAGAAUCCCAGUGCACCUGGAAAACCCGUACCUGGAGGUGCCGAUAUUAACUACACCCUUGACGUCACAUUCAACGGCACCGCUGGGUUAUUCGAAGUCAACGGCACAUCAUUUUCCCCACCCACCGUGCCUGUUUUACUGCAAAUUCUCAGUGGGGCUAAGAAAGUAACAGACUUGCUCCCCAAAGGCAGCAUUUAUGAACUAGCCCCAUACAAGAGCGUUGAGCUUGUGAUUCCGGGGGGCGCGAUCGGCGGUGGCCACCCUGUUCAUCUUCAUGGACACUCGUUCUCUGUGGUUCGCAGUGCCGGAAACAGUUCCUAUAACUAUGCCAAUCCCGUCCGUCGCGAUGUCGUCAACAUUGGCACGUCUUCCAGCGAUCAGACGACCAUCCGCUUCUACACCGACAACCCAGGGCCUUGGUUCCUCCACUGCCACAUCGACUGGCAUCUUACCGCCGGAUUUGCUGCCGUCUUUGCUGAAGACAUCCAAGACACGCCUCUCGUCAACCCAACUCCUGCUGCCUGGAAGGACCUUUGCCCCGACUAUAAUAAUGCCAAUGCACAGGUCAAGGUUAAUACGCUACCUAAGAAGCUUCAAAACCCUUGAUUAUUGUACUUGGGGUAUCAAACAUUGCCUGAAGAAUGCAUAUGCACCCAUCUCAGUUUCUCCUUUAUGGGCUCAAGUCGCCUUCCUCUCAUCUUUAUUUGCAUCCAUACUUAUAAUCACCUGCACUGUUACUUUACGAUCUUGGAAACCUGCCUCAUCGGACGCUGUAUUUAUUCUGCUGCCAUUAUUAUAUACUGGGCGUCGCGCGAUGAUUGCUUUCUAAGUC